UCUGUCCCUCUCAAAAACACUCUUCAAACUUUCACAACAUUUUAAGAGAUUUCUCUGAAUGUAAGAAGUUAUUCGGCCUUAAAUUAUCCUUACGCACUUCAAGAGAGCAGUUUAACAUCUUAACCAAUGCAAUCAUGGGCUCUGGGAAAUCAAAAACCUCAAACGAGAGCAAUUCAGGAAGAGUCGAUUUUACACGCUUCAGAGCUCGAGUAGCAAAAGUUAAUAUUAAGGGCUUAGAUCGUACAAAAGACGAUUACAUACAGCGGGCUUGUAAAAAACUUUUCGCUGCUAAAACGUUUCAAGAUGUUCUCUCGGAGACAAACGAAGCUUACGAAAGUCUUCAAGAACUUGGCAUUUUCAAGAACUUAAAAGCAUUUAUCGAUACUGAUAAGUCGUCUGAUGCAUCAAGUAAUGGUUACAUUGUAUCAUUUGAUGGUGAUGAACUGUCACAAAUAACUGGAACAGUUGGAACAGAAAUUGGUCAAAAUGAUGGAUCGUUGACAGCUGAACUCGUUACGCCAAACAUUUUUGGUCGUGGUGAGCGUUUGAGUAUUAAUUACAGUUAUAGUUAUAUCAAUGCAACCGAACUGAAUCUUAAGCUUCUAAAGCCUUUUUACCACACACAAAUUGGGGAUUACAAACCAGAGACAUCUGUCACAAUCUUCCGGCAUUCAAAUGUCUCGCCAUGGUCUCGUUUCCGUUCAGAUCACUCCGGUGUAUUGUUUGAUUUCAGCUUUUUAAUGCCUUUGGCAAUCCACCACAGUUUUCAAUAUGAAUUGGGCAUGAAAGAGAUCUUUGCAAGUAACAAAUCGACACCUUUCUUCAUUCGCAAAGAUUGUGGACCACGACUUGCUUCAGUGUUUCGUCAUAUUGGAUAUUUUGAUACGCGUGAUGAUUCAGUUUUUCCUACCGAAGGUGUUUUUAUGAGAACAACAUCGGAAGUGAUUGGUGACAGACUCUCACAAUAUGGAGCCGUGAAAAAUGAAUCACAUGUGGAAAUGAAUGUGCCGCUUUUUGCUGGAAUGUCGCUUCAACUUUGUGGUCGUUUGGGAAAAAUUUAUGAAAAUCAGCGAGUGAUGAGACCACUUCCAAUUGAUAGUCUUUUCUUUCUUGGUGGACCUCAGUCAUUGAGAGGAUUUGAUGCAGCAGGUGCAACACCAGUUGAAGAUGGAGUUCCAAAAGGUACAAGAGCGUAUUGGGCAACGGGAAUUCAUUUAUGGACACCAUUGCCAUUCCACAAUCAUUUUGGAGGCUUUGCAGAUUUGUUCAGGACGCAUUUCUUUUAUAACUUUGGAAAUUGUGAAACAUUUAGUCUUGAUAAUAUCAGAAUUGCCUGCGGCAUGGGAAUUGCGCUUAGAAUUGGAGGACGUGCAAGGAUCGAAUUCAACUACUGUUAUCCACUAAGAAAGGAGAAAACUGAUAAAAUUCGACCAGCUUUUCAAUUUGGCAUAGGAUAUGAAUUCUUUGACUCAGAAGAAGAAGAAUUUGAACCUGAAAUUGAUGAUGAUGCUAUUGAAGAAGAAGCUGAAAUGGAAGUUGAUGAAGAUAAGACUUCAAAAGCAAUUGUUCUUCAUGAAGACAAACGUUACUAUCAAACAGCAUUGGAAGUUUAUGGACCUGAAGUUGAGACAAUUGUUCAAGAAGAAGAUGCUCAACCACUGGACAAACCAUUAAUUGAACCAGUUAAGAAAGUAAAAUUCCAGUUGAAAGAGCAAGAUUUACCACAAACAACUUAUUCAAUGGAGUUUCUCACUGACCUUAUGGAUACUCCAACUCUUGUCAGGAACGUCGCCCUUGUCGGUCAUCUUCAUCAUGGAAAGACAACAUUUGUCGAUUGUCUCAUCCGUCAAACUCAUCCUCAAUUUUGUGACAUGGAAGAGCGCAAUUUACGUUACACUGACACUUUAUUUACUGAACAAGAACGAGGUGUGAGCAUCAAGUCGACUCCAAUCACUCUCGUCCUGCAAGACGUCAAAGACAAAAGUUAUCUGAUGAACAUUUUCGAUUCUCCUGGCCAUGUCAACUUUUCUGAUGAAGUUACUGCUGCUAUGCGCAUGGUUGAUGGAAUUGUGUUGUUUGUUGAUGCUGCCGAAGGUGUUAUGUUGAACACUGAACGUUUACUCAAACACGCAAUUCAAGAGAAACUCGCAGUCACUUUGUGCAUCAAUAAAAUCGAUCGAUUAAUUCUCGAACUCAAACUUCCACCACAAGAUGCUUAUUUCAAACUCAAACACAUCAUCGAUGAAGUUAAUGGAUUAAUCACUCUUUAUGGGAACACAAAUCCACAAUUGUCACCAAUAAUCGGCAAUGUUUGCUUUGCAAGUUCACUUUAUGGUCUUUGCUUUUCAUUGAAAUCAUUUGCGAAACUUUAUUCGGAGACUUUCAAUGGUGUGUCAACAACUGAAUUUGCGCGACGUUUAUGGGGCGACAUGUACUUCAAUAACAAGACGAGAAAGUUCUCUAAAAAGCCAGCACACAGUUCAGCUCCAAGAAGUUUUGUUGAGUUCAUUCUUGAGCCAAUUUACAAGCUUUUCGCACAAGUUGUUGGUGAUGUUGAUGGAACACUUGCUGACACACUCGCUGAACUGAACAUUCGAAUUAACAAGGAAGAAAUGAAGAGCAACAUUCGUCCAUUACUUCGAUUGGUUUGCAAUCGUUUCAUGGGAGAUCUCACUGGGUUUGUUGACAUGUGUGUUGAACACAUUCAGUCGCCACUUGAAUUCUCAAAAACUAAGAUCGAUCACAUCUACACAGGACCUAAAGAUGGUGUUUUAUAUCAAGACAUGCUCGAUUGCAAUCAGAAUGGAAAUCUCGUGGUUCACAGCACAAAAAUGUAUCCAACUGACGAUUGCAACAUUUUCUUAGUUCUCGCUCGUGUCAUGAGUGGAACAAUUUACAGCGGUCAAGAUGUUCGCAUUCUCGGUGAAAAUUAUUCACUUCUUGAUGAAGAAGAUUCAAGAAUUGUUCAAACUGGUCGAUUGUGGGUUUACGAAGCGCGUUACAAAGUUGAAUUGAAUCGUGUGCCGGCUGGAAAUUGGGUGUUGAUUGAAGGAAUUGAUCAAAGCAUCGUGAAGACGUCAACAAUUGUUGAUGUGAAUGUUCAAGAAGAUCUUUACAUCUUUCGUCCAUUGAAGUUCAACACUCAAAGCAUCAUAAAAAUUGCAGUUGAGCCAGUAAAUCCAUCAGAACUCCCGAAGAUGUUGGAUGGACUUCGUAAGGUCAAUAAAAGUUAUCCUUUAGUAUCGACAAGAGUUGAAGAGUCUGGUGAACAUGUCAUUCUUGGAACUGGCGAACUUUAUCUCGAUUGUGUCAUGCACGACUUGAGAAAAAUGUAUUCAGAAAUUGACAUCAAAGUUGCUGAUCCCGUUGUGUCGUUUUGUGAGACUGUCGUUGAAACAAGUUCAUUGAAAUGCUUCUCAGAAACGCCGAACAAAAAGAACAAAAUAACGAUGAUUGCUGAACCAUUGGAGAAAGGUUUAGCUGAAGAUAUCGAGAAUGAAACUGUUCAGAUUGGAUGGAGUAAGAAAAAGAUUGGAGAAUUCUUUCAGAUUAAUUAUGAAUGGGAUUUGCUUGCGGCACGCUCAAUUUGGGCAUUUGGUGGUCCGAAUAUUCUUGUCGAUGACACUUUGCCAUCAGAGGUUGACAAGACAUUGCUGGGAUCGUUGAAGGAUUCAAUUGUUCAAGGAUUUCAGUGGGGAACACGUGAAGGACCAUUAUGUGAAGAACCGAUAAGAAAUGUGAAGUUUAAGAUCCUUGACGCUGUCAUUGCUAAUGAGCCAUUGCAUCGAGGCGGGGGCCAAGUCAUCCCAACAGCUCGUCGUGUUUCUUAUUCAGCUUUUCUCAUGGCGACGCCACGAUUAAUGGAACCGUAUUUGUUUGUUGAAGUGCAAGCGCCAGCUGACUGCGUUUCUUCUGUUUAUACAGUAUUGGCGAGACGUCGUGGUCACGUCACACAAGACGCUCCCAUUCCCGGAUCUCCUUUAUACACUGUCAAAGCUUUCAUUCCUGCAAUUGAUUCAUUUGGAUUCGAAACUGACUUGAGAACUCACACACAAGGACAAGCUUUCUGUCAAACUGUCUUUCAUCAUUGGCAAAUUGUUCCUGGCGAUCCUUUAGAUAAAAGCAUCAUAAUUCGACCUUUGGAACCACAACCAGCGACACAUUUAGCGAGAGAAUUCAUGAUCAAGACGAGAAGACGAAAAGGACUUUCUGAAGACGUUUCCAUCAACAAAUUCUUCGACGAUCCGAUGUUGUUGGAACUUGCGAAACAAGACGUUCUGCUUAAUUAA